UUCACUCUGUAAUCUUAUAAGAUCAACAAUAAGCAGUCCGCCAUUACCGGGCAAAGUCUCUCACCCUCGCUCUUUCUUCGGGGAAGACAUGUCGAAGCAAUAUUACAAAGUGUGUUGUUGUUGCGGGCGAAUGUUCAGGCCAAAGGCAGCCCAAACCCCUGAAUAUGUCAAGGCAGUGUUCGAUAGCUACUCUGAUAAUGGCACCAUGAAAGUUGAUCAGCUGCUCGUGUUCUUGAGAGAGUUCCAAGGAGAAACAGAAUCAACACAGAAGGAUGCUCAGGCUAUCUUCGACAGCCUCAAGCAUCUCAAUAUCUUCCAGCGGAGGGAGCUGCAUCUCGAAGCAUUCUUAAGAUAUCUCCUCGGUGACCUUAAUCCUCCCCUUCCCCCAAAUCUCGGGGUUCACCAUGACAUGGAAGCACCAUUGGCUCAUUAUUUUAUGUACACAGGCCAUAACUCAUACUUGACAGGAAACCAAGUCACUAGUGAUUGCAGUACUGAACCUAUCAUCAGAGCACUGCGUAGAGGUGUAAGGGUCAUUGAAUUGGAUCUGUGGCCAAGUACAACAAAACAAGAUGAAGUUGAUGUUCGUCAUGGAGGGACACUGACAACUCCAGUAGAACUCAUGAAAUGCUUGGAAGCCAUUAAGGAAAAUGCCUUCGUUGCUUCUCAAUAUCCAGUUGUGAUUACUUUUGAAGACCACCUUAAUUCAGAUCUCCAAGCUAAAGUAGCUUCCAUGGUGCAAAAAGUAUUUGGAAGCAUACUGUACUGCCCCGGCUCGGGGUUGAAAGAGCUUCCCUCGCCAGCAUCACUGAUGAAGAGGAUUUUGAUAUCAACAAAGCCACCAAAAGAAUACCUAGAAACUGAUGGGAAGCCAAAAAGGAAUCCACAGAAGAACAGUCCAGCUAAGGAAGAGCCCUCUGGAGAAGAAAAUCAAAAAGAUAAUGAGCAGGAAGCAGAUGAUGGAGAAGAGCAUCAGGAUGAAGAUUUACAGCAUGCAGUUCCCGAGUACAGGCAUUUAAUAGCAAUUCAUGCUGGAAAGCAGAAAGGUGGAAUAACAAAAUGGUUUUUUGACGAUCCUAAUAAAGCUAAACGUAUUAGCUUGAGCGAGCAAGAGCUUGAGGGUGCUUUAGAAAUGUAUGCAACUGACAUUGUCAGGUUUACCCAGCGGAAUUUACUGAGAGUGUAUCCAAAGGGUACACGCCUUAACUCGUCUAAUUACGAUCCUAUAACUGGAUGGAUGCAUGGAGCUCAAAUGGUUGCCUUUAACAUGCAGGGAUAUGGAAAGUAUCUAUGGAUCAUGCAAGGUAUGUUCAGAGCUAAUGGUGGCUGUGGUUAUGUCAAAAAACCAGAAUUCAUGUUGGAUCCAAUUAACGUUUUCGAUCCAAGAGAUAACUUCCCCGUUAGGACAAUUUUGAAGGUAAAAGUAUUAAUGGGCGAUGGGUGGCAUUUAGAUUUCAGCCAUAACCACUUUGAUCUGUACUCCCCUCCGGACUUCUAUGCAAGGGUUGGGAUUGCCGGAAUCAAGCUGGAUUCGGUGAUGAAGAGGACAAAAGCGAUUGAAGAUGAGUGGAUACCAGUGUGGAAUGAGGAGUUUGAGUUCCCUCUGAGGAUUCCUGAACUGGCUUUGCUUCGGAUCGAAGUGAUGGAGUACGACACAACUGGGAGACAUGACUUUGGAGGCCAAACCUGCUUGCCUGUUUCAGAGCUAAGAACUGGAAUUCGAUCUGUUCCCCUGUACAGUCGUCGGGGAGACAAGUACAAAUCUGUUAGGCUUCUUAUGCAUUUUGAUUUCAUAUAUGAAAAUAUAUAUGGUUGAAGUUCAGCAUUGGUUUGUGCUGAAUUAAAAGACAUGAUGAUGUUGCUUUGUUGUGCAGUUCAUCUCUUCCCUAUUGCUUCUGUUCCUCAACACUGUUUAAUUCUAAGUAUUGUUUCGCUCAGCUAUC